UUAUCAGUUUGGUGGAAAUUAAUUUUUAAUUUUGCCUGGGAGGUGGCUGAAGCCUAAUGGUUUUGCUUUUGCCAUUGCAUGCAGAAGGAGUGAGUUCAAUUCUCAUGUAGGGAUGUUAUUUUGCUGAUUAUCUCUGUCUGUCUGCUGAGAUGUUGAGUCAUUCAUAGUGUGGGGUUACCCUGACGGGCAGAGUCCCAACAAGCCUUAUCAUAAAUUAUGUAAAUUGUAUUGAGUGCAGCAUAACAUGUUUGUAAUUUUUCAUUAAAAGAAUGUAUGCCUGUUGUUUCAAAGUUCGAAAACACAAAAUUGAACAAAAGCAAAUAUAUUUCCCAGUUCCAUUAAUUUUUUUAAUGUGUGAAUGGAAGGGAGGGGUGGGGAGGGUAGUGUGUACACUUAUAGAUGUACCGGUAAACUUCCUUUUCAAGUUUGAUCCUGCUGAUUGGAGUGCACUACCAAUAGGUUAUAUAUUUCUUUUCUUUCCUUUUCUUGUUCCUGACAGUUUUUUUCUUCUUUUCCACUGCACCUUAAAGGAGCCUUAUUAUUUCGCUGUGCCUCUCCCCCUUGGGCAACCUUAAAUUUUAUUUGUAUUGUUUUGUUCUCACUUCAGAGAUCUCCUGGAUGAGUGAGUCUGGGGAUGAGUCGUUCUAUGGGAUGAUCAGCAGCGACUGCAAUGUUCAAGAGCUCUGCUCACAGCUAACCAGUGUCAUUGAUGACCUUGGAGGCUUGGUCCAUCGUCAUCUGUUCCACUUCAGCUAUUACAACUUCUUGUGGAGGGAUGACAUGCACGGCAACUUCAGUGAAUUCAUCGAUGCUGAUCCGGGUGUUGUGGCAAUCAAAAGAGAAGUGGAGCGUUACCUAUACCUUGAGAAGAAGGUUCUGGGUAUUCCAGCCCAGCUGCCAGUCGGUCCAGUCAACCUGUUCUCAGACCCAAUCAAGGACAGCCUACAUGGGUUCUCCAUGGCUUGGAAGACAAAGUUUGCUUCUGUUCUGCAUGAAGAAGCAAAGAAAAAACUGGACAGUGUGGUGUCAUACCGAGGUAAUGUCAAGUCUCGCCUGGAGCAGCAUGUGCAGACGCUUGACCAGCUCAACUCGGCGCUCCAUCUUCUGGAGGAGCUGCGUGACAUGGAGAACAAGAUUGAUGGCAUUUACCUGCCCAUAGAGACCAUGUACUCCAAACUCAGGUGUGUAGAACAGGAUUGA